UUGGAUUAGAAAAAUGUGAACAGAGGAGAAGGAGGAGGAGCGAUGAUGAUGUUGCGUGUGUGUCCGUCGUCUUGCUUCUACUUCCGACCACUUAAUCUCUUCACUUCCUCUGCGAAAUUCCCUUUUUGCCCCUCUCUUCGCCGAGAAUUACGAUUAGUAGUCCCUUCUCGAUCUUCUUCUUCUUCGUUCCCUCGGAUGGAAUCUUUUUCGGCUCCGGAAACGGAUUCGUUAGGGGAAGAUACGAAGAAUCAAACUGAUGAAGGUGAAAAGAUCAAAAGGGAGCUCGAAGAGUUUAACUGGGACCACUCCUUUGUUAACGAGUUGCCUUGUGAUCCCAGAACCGAUGUUAUCUCACGUAAGGUAUUUAAUGCUUGUUAUUCAAAAGUUUCCCCAUCAGUACAAGUAGAUGAUCCUCAGCUUGUAUCAUGGUCUGAUUCUGUUGCAGAGCUCUUGGAUCUACAUCCUAAAGAAUUUGAAAGGCCAGAUUUCCCUCUCCUACUCUCUGGUGCUAAACCUUUGCCAGGAGCAAUGCCUUAUGCACAAUGCUAUGGAGGCCAUCAGUUUGGCAGGUGGGCUGGACAACUUGGCGAUGGUCGUGCCAUCACUCUUGGAGAAGUUUUGAACUCUAAAGGCGAAAGAUGGGAGCUUCAGCUCAAAGGCGCGGGUAGGACUCCUUACAGCCGUUUCUCUGAUGGCCUUGCAGUGCUGCGUAGUAGCAUCAGGGAGUUUCUUUGUAGUGAAGCUAUGCAUUGUCUUGGUAUCCCUACCACUCGCGCUCUUUGUCUUCUCACAACAGGUCAAGGUGUCAUUCGCGACAUGUUUUAUGAUGGCAAUGCGAAGGAAGAACCUGGUGCUAUCGUUUGCAGGGUUUCUCAGUCGUUUCUCCGGUUCGGCUCAUACCAAAUACAUGCUUCUAGAGGAGAAGAGGAUCUUGAGAUUGUUAGGAAGUUGGCAGACUAUGCCAUUAGACAUCAUUUCCCACAUAUAGAGAAGAGCAUGAACAGAAGCGAUAGCUUAUCUUUCAGAACCAGCAGUGAAGAUGAUUCAGUUGUGGAUCUAACAUCAAACAAGUAUGCUGCAUGGGUUGUUGAAGUUGCGGAGCGUACAGCUACCUUAUUUGCAAGAUGGCAAGGUGUAGGCUUCACACAUGGUGUGCUCAACACUGACAAUAUGAGCAUUUUGGGUCAAACCAUUGACUAUGGCCCGUUUGGUUUCUUAGAUGCUUUUGAUCCAAGUUACACCCCAAACACAACAGACCUCCCUGGAAGAAGAUACUGUUUUGCAAAUCAGCCUGACAUCGGCUUGUGGAAUAUUGCUCAAUUCGCUGAGGCUCUAGCUGCUGCUCAGCUGAUAAAUGAAAAGGAGGCAGAUUACGCCAUGGAGAGGUAUGGUGAUAAAUUCAUGGAUGAGUAUGAAGCCAUAAUGACAAAGAAGCUUGGUCUUUCCAAGUACAACAAGGAGAUGACUAGUGACCUUCUGAACAAUAUGGCUGUUGAUAAAGUUGAUUACACAAACUUCUUCAGGCUUCUUUCAAAUGUAAAAGCAAACCUCAACACACCUGAUGAUGAGUUAUUGAAACCUUUGAGACCUGCGCUCUUGGACAUUGGAAAGGAGAGAAAAGAAGCUUGGAUCAAAUGGGUGCGAGGGUAUAUACAGGAGGUGAGUGGUGGUGACACAUCAGAUGAAGAAAGAAAAGCAAGAAUGGAUUCAGUGAAUCCAAAGUAUGUUCUGAGGAACUAUCUUUGCCAAAGCGCAAUAGAUGCAGCUGA